UGAUCCAUCUUGAUCUCCAAAUUCCUCUGUUGGCAUGUGGGAUUAUCAGGUUUUGAAGUCCAUUUCUGUUUCUUCUGCAUUUUUUUAAGUUCUGGGUGUUUGUGGGUUCGAGAAGUUGCAGUCAUAAGAUUAGAGGGUGUAAAGAUGUCUGCGUCGACCGUCGCGAUCAAUGCGAAGACGGCAGUCAACAGUAGCCCGUCAUUGGCUUUGGGUUCUAAGACAAAUGCGAGGAAAAGGGCUAUUGUUGUUGCAGAGAAGAAAUCGAGUAUCGAAAUGGUCGGUGAAGAUGGAGUAUCGGAAGCCGGCGGCGGGGAUGAGAAGUUUUCUGGUGGGAAGGAUCUCAGCCAUUCGAUUAGGGGUGAGACGGUUCUUGAGAGACCCAAAGAUUUGUUGCAGGCGAAGAAGAAUUUAAUUAAUUCCACUAUUUCACCGAGGCGUUCCAGGAAGGUGGUUUUGAAACCGGAGAAACAUUGGUGGCAGAAAGGGUUAAGUAGUUUGAUUUGGAAUCUGUUGUCUCUUCUUAUUGUGUUAGUUCUUGCCCAACUGAUGUGGAAAGCCUACAAGUCUGAGGAUAGUGCUAUUGGUCGAUUGGGUAUUUCGGAUUUCGAAGGAAGGAUCGCGGACGUCGAGAAGUUUGUGAAGACAACGACAAAAAUGAUGCAGGUUCAGGUCGAGGUUGUAGAUAGAAAAUUGACGAAAGUAGAAGAGAAAGGAGCCUUACUUGGGAACGAGAUGAAGAAAUUGGUGGAUAGGACUGAAGGCAUGGACAGGUCUUUGGGUGAGUUGAUGGCUGCUGGAAUCAUUCCUAAAGAAGAUUUUGAGCGGUUUCUGGAUGAGGUGAAGAAGAGUAGAAGCCCUGAAGAGAGUGGUAAAGAUUGGGGUUUGGAUGACAUUAGGGCCUUAGCUAGAGAGAUUGUGACAAAGGAGAUUGAAAAGCAUGCGGCGGAUGGGCUUGGACGGGUAGACUAUGCUUUGGCCUCUGGUGGAGGCAUGGUGGUUAGACAUUCAGAGCCCUACUUCCCUGGUAAGGCCCGAAGUUGGUUUUCUGCAACAACCGGCCGAAUUGGGGUUCAUAGUGAUGCGCAGAAGAUGUUGCAGCCAAGUUUUGGAGAGCCAGGGCAGUGUUUUCCUCUAUCUGGAAGCAGUGGGUGGGUUGAGAUCAGGUUGAGGACUGCAAUUGUGCCGGAGGCCAUUACCCUUGAACAUGUUGCUAAGAGUGUUUCCUAUGACAGGUCAAGUGCUCCAAAGGAUUGUCAGGUCUCCGCAUGGCUACAAAAGCCUGACAGUAAUCCAUCUGUCCACCCUGAUAUGUUUCAGUUGACAGAGUUCACUUACGAUCUUGAGAAGAGCAAUGCGCAAACUAUAGAUGUCGAUUCAGUGGGUUCAGGACCCAUCAACAUGGUCAGGUUUGACUUCACAUCCAACCAUGGAAGCCCAUCUCACACAUGCAUCUAUCGCUUGAGAGUACAUGGUUAUGAACCUGAGUCUGUUGCAAUGUUGGCAACUCAAUCUUGAGUCUGCCCAAAACCAUCACCACCCAUGUUGUAAUUUUGAACCUCUCCCUUUUUGUAGUUUUGAUUCUUCUUGUUUCCUGCUCUGUGGAACAUGGAGUUCCUUUUCUUCUACACAGAACCCUUUCAUGACAAUGUAAAUCUCAUCUCUACUUUCAU